AUGGAGAAAUGGAGGGUUUGUAAUAAGAAUAAUAAUAGUAAUGAAGAAAUUAGAUGGAGGAAAGGGCCAUGGACACCUGAAGAAGAUAGGCUGCUUCUUGAGUAUGUCACUCACUAUGGAGAGGGAAGAUGGAGCUCUGUCUCGGACUGUACAGGAUUAAAUAGGAGUGGGAAGAGCAGCAGGCUGAGGUGGGUAAAUUACCUAAGGCCAGGCCUCAAGAAAGGGCAAUUAACCCCUCAAGAAGAAGGCAUCAUCAUCGAGCUCCAUGCCCUUUGGGGAAACAAAUGGUCAACAAUAGCGCGAUAUUUACCGGGAAGAACGGACAACGAAAUCAAGAACUACUGGAGAACACAUUUCAAGAAGAGAACUAAUACCAACAACAUGGUAGAAAGGAGAAAAACC